ACGCGGAUUAUUCUAUACUUAAUCGAAUUUUUCCUAAUUGUACAUGAAUACCAAACCAGCUUAAAUUAUGAUUUCAAAUGAUAUAUUGGCAAGGUUUCAAGUCAUUUCGACACUGUUAUUGCUGCUACAGCCAAUCGUCAGUGGCCCGAUGCCGAUAAAUAGUAAUGUUCUAAAACACAUAUUCAUUUUGAUAUAUUACCUAUACUAAAUUUUGUUUUACGAAGUUCGGUAUACCGCACGAAAAGUAUUAUAAAAUAUUUAUCAUAUUUAUUUAGAUACGUACGACAUUGGGUUAUAUUUUCAGGCGAAGACAAAGAGGAUGCGAAAAAAAACAACAGUAUCGACGGAUUGUACAGUGCUCCGCCGUGUGGUGAUGGAUUGUUCAGGGACCCACUCGAGAUCUUGGGCGUUAAAUUCCCCGAGUCGAAAAUGUUGCAUCUGUGCAAGGCGAACGUAUACAUGUACGCCGAUUUCGUUUCGGACGUGACUUUUCCGACGGACGCCAGCAGGCUCUGCGGGUCCGUCUGCAGGAGCUACCAGGCGUCGAUGUACACCGAACAGGGAGUGACCGUGUCGCUGAUAAACUCCAACUGCGACUAUACAGGCGACACGAUCAUCGAGGAACGUUCGGCGAACGAAACGCACGCGGCCACCUGUCCGGACCUGAGCACCGCGUGCGUGUGCGCGUACAACGUGCGCUGCAACAGGAAGACGAAACUCAUGAAGUACACGCUGACGCCCAACGACAAGGGAUACCUCAGGGUGUUGGCGGCGGACUGUGGGUCGUCCGGUUACGUCACUUGAGAACCCUCACCCCGUCUGCUGUCACCCACCUGUCAACGGAGUAU